CGUGCUAUGGUUUCAAAGCAUAAUAUAUUUGUUAAAAUUAAAUUUAUAUUUUGUAACCAUGAAAUGCAAUAAUUUCAUUGGUAUCCAUUCGUUACGUUUGCGUACAUUGUGGAAGCAGCAGACGCGAUAGUAAUAUGUUACGGGAUACCUAUCCGUCUCCGCUUAUGUGAUCCGUCUCCGUUUUCGUGCCAUUGUAGAGCAAGCGUUAUGGAUCUAUUAUCGUAGUUUAGAGGUUUAAACAAACAAAAAAAUAAUAAAUAAUUGUGUCAUUGUGAGUAAAUUUUCAGUAGAAAUAAAAUGAAACGUGAUAAUAAAUUGGUGGGCGCAGAUGAACGUAAUUUCCGAUCUUCGUAUUAUGAGAAAGUAGGUUUUCGUAGCGUGGAGGAAAAAAGAUCAUUAGAAAUAAUUCUGAAAGAAAAGCCUUUGGAUAGGUUAAGACUUAGACAUUUCGCUUUGAGAUUUUCAGUUCCAGCAUCCUUAAAAAAUUUAGUUUGGAAAUUGCUUUUUGGGGUGGUUCCGGUACACCUUGAUAGCUAUGACUUCGUUAUGCAGCAGAGGAAGCAGCAAUAUGAAGACCUAAAACAUGGACUGGGUAUUUUAGGAAUAACUUUUGAUGAGAGUACAAAACCAAAUUUCUUUGUUGUACUUUGGCUCCUGGACAGCGGUAAAUUGAAAUUAGAUUGGCGUUGUCAGAUGGAAGAAGAGCGUUACAAAAGUUUGACACACAUAUCAAAUUCUGUGAUGAAUAUGUUUGAGAGUGAUGUGGACAUUUAUUGGCUAUCAAGAGGUAUUUUCCAAUAUGUGGACAAAUUUAGAGGUGACAUAUCUAAACUUGUACAAUUUACCAAGAGCAUUCUUGAGAAGGAAGACAACGAACUUUACAGCUUCCUUCUUCAUAUUGAUGCCUUUACUGUCCUACCGAUAAAUAACUGGAUGCAGUCGUGUUUUGCAAACGUGAUUACCGAAUCGUCUGUGGGAAAAAUUUGGGAUAAACUUGCAGCAGGCUCAUGCAAGAUUUUGGUGUUUGUCGCUGUCGUCUUACUGAUGACGUUAAGGAGGCGCAUCUUGAAAUGCAACACGGUGGCAGAAGUUUUGGAGUGUGUGAAUAGGAUAUCUGAUGAAGUUGCUGAUGUUAUUGUCAGCAAAGCUAUUGAAAUGUGGCAGCAGAAUGGAAGUUCUCUUGCAUCUACCAAUGGCUUGGAAUUUACCAAGAGCCCUGCAUCCACUGUGUGGUUAUAAUCGCCAUGUGUGCUAAGAAGAAACUGGUGAAAAUUUACUUGUAGUUAUGGACAAGAUUUUAUGGUGAAUUGUAAUGAAACAAGACUGAAAAACGUGUCAGUAGACAACGUGUCACCAAAGUGCAAGCAAAUAUGCCACACCCAUAACACCGAAACACAAAUUAUAUCAUGAACUAAAUAAGCAUUUAACAAAAUGCAACUCAUAUCACAAAAAAUAUAAUCCUAAAUGUAUUUAAUUCAGUGAAUAUAAUUUAUUUUGCAAUAAGUUUGUACCAAAAUAUAUUGACCGAAUGCAUAUAAAUUAAUUAAUUAAUUUUGCUUAUAAAAAUUUGCGUUCUCUUACUAACUCAUCUUUUUUUUAGUAAUGUUUGUAAAUAUUUUAUUAUUUAAUUGUUUGCCAGUUUAGUUUUUUUAUUCAAAAACAUUUUGCCCUAGGAGUGGUUAUUACAAAUGGUUUUACUGUUAAAAUUUAUUAUGUAUAAUAGUCAACAUUAUGCUAUUUUGGUGUAAUAGUUAUUAAUGACACUUUUAGUUAUUUAUUGAAUAAUAAAUUUUUUGAAAUGAAAAACUUCAUAUAGAAAAAUCAAAACAAUGACCUAACAAACUGGCUAAAAAUAAAAUUACAAAAUUUUCUCUAUUUGUAGUGUAAUAUCCAGUAUUUCACUGGUAUAAUUGAAAAGAUGAGUAGGUAUUGGUGUUUCGAAAGAAGGAAUGUAACUAUGAAAUUUUUGAUAGUUGUUUCAGGCUGUAAAUGUUGUCGUUUAUCACAAUUCAUAAAAUGCAAGCGAUGAUGGUAAAUGAGCUGUUCAGGUUCUUAAUUUUUUAUUUAAGAUAUUUUUGUUGUAAUUAAUAGAAGUCUUUGCAGUAGCUUAAAAGUAUAAGAAAUUAAAUUUUUAAAUAUCAAUUUUUAUUGUAAAAAUAAUAUUUAUGUUGGAGAUUAAUUAAAACGUAAUGCCCAACAUAUAGUUUGAUUUAUUUAGGUUUGUGAACCAAGACAUAAUAUUUUCCAUCCUUUAACGAAAUGAUGCACACACAGGACACCAAAUUGAAACUUCAAGUAGAAAAAACAAAAUACAAAUCUGUACCAGGAUUUCUCUAAACUAUAAAUUGGUGCUCAAAUAUUAAGCUAUCUAGAUUGGUAGUGGGGACAUCUCUCCUUUAGGCUAUUGUAAGUAUUUUGAGAAGAAUGUGUACAGGCUCGGAAAGUGAAUCUGUACAGCUCUAUGUUUGUCAAUAGAAAAUAAUAGGGCAUUUACUUUGACUGGCCUUAAAAAGAAAAAAGUUGGGACUUCUGAUCCAUUUGGUCAAUGCCCUCUUUCUGACUUUAGUUAUUUUUUAUAAGAAAUGUGUACAGUGUCAUAGUGAAGUACAGAACUCAAAAUUUGCAACAAAAAAAACUACAAGUAUUUGUAUUUUAUAGAAGGUAGGUACCGUAAGUGAUAAAUCUGACAUCACCUCAAAAUACAAACUAAGGCAAGUACUUUUAUUUUUGUUGUUUUCUUUGGAAAUUUAGAUUCUUGGGAUAGUGGUUAGCUUUUUAAGCUCAGUGGUUGAGAACUGUCUGUAAGAAAUAUACCAUGGGUUUGAAUCGCAGUCCAUGUUCAUAGUUUCUGUGUAAAAGUUUGUUUCCCAAGCUAUGUUAACUUGGGCAUGCUUUAAUCUUAUGUGACUGACCAUAGGAUUACUUACCUUGUAGUUGUAUGUAUUAUAGUCUCUGAUGUCUUGCUGUUUAUAACUAUAAAUCUUAUUAAUUUUUAGUAUACCUUUGGCAGUAAUAUUGAUGUCAGAAAUUGAAUGUGUAGAUAAAUGCUAGAGGAAAAAAUUAUGAAAAGUUACUUUCUUUAUUGUUCCUAGUAUUGAUUUUGUUGACUGCAUCACAAUGAAUGCUGCUGGAUUUUGCAUUUCCUAAACAUGUGAGUAAAUACUAGUGUCACAAAUUUCACAUGUUUGCAUAUAGCUUUUUUGUCUGACUGCUAGCAGAUCUCUGUGGUUGCUUCUAGUCAAAUCUCAGCAUAAUCUGAAAUGGUCAAGAUUUGUGUUUUGUAGUUUUAAAGUAUUUCUGGUAGCAUUUUCACUGUUAUUUGGGAAACUGUAAGUCAAGGACAUAUAGGAUGGUAAAUCCUAUAAUAAUCUUUCCCUAAGAAGCUUUUGACAACAUUCAUUAAAAUGUUUCGUAAACUGUAAAAUUAAAAUACAUAAUUAUAGUCAUACGGAAAUUUACAAAGUGAAAAAUGCUAUUUAUUAUCUUAAGGUCACUGAUGUAUACACAGUGCAGUAGUUUUACAUACACUAUGGUUGUUGUAGACUGGCUGGAACAACAGUAGCACUAACCAAUUACUAAUGAGAUGUAUUAACACUUUUUUAGGACUCUUGUUAAGUACUUGCUAUAUUACGAAAGCAGUGACCAUUGAUAUGGGUGAACAUUGUAACAUGCAUAUUAUGUUUGGUAUAGUUGCCUUUACAGUGCUCUUAUUAUUUUAGAGUCAAUGUAUAUUAACCAUAUAUUUCAAAUCUUGUCUUAAGUUGAAAUCAUAAUUUUGAUCAAUCCUUAUCAGUUUUUUGAUUGGUAGCCAGGUUUUCAUAAAAUCAAUAGAGCCUCCCUAAAUUAUAACUGACAAUCCUUUUGUCAAAGUUAAUGGAUUUGAAAAUAGGAUUUAUUUUUUGUAUUUAAAUAUAUUGUAAAGUGGUAUUGAGGAAUAAUAUUAAUUUUUUUAUUACUGUUAAUAAUUUAGAAGGUAUCAUUUUUUAUAGUUGCAACAUUUGUUCAAAGCUCUGUUUCUAAUGUGUUUUUUUUGGCAAGAGAUUAUAUUUAAUUUGUUUGGUGAUUUGACCACCAGUAUGCUGUGCAACUUAGCAUUUCUUAUUGGCACAUUAGUUUUUGAACUUGCCCAUGUUGUCUUGAAACUACAAUUAAUUUUAAAUGGCCAUGUAAUACAAAGUAAGAAUAUCAAAUUGUAAUGUUGCAAGACCUUGCUUUCCCCAGCUUUUAAAAGAAUUUUUGGGGAAUUAAUAUAAGGUUAUAUUCAUUCAGAAGGUUCAGCUGAUUAUAUAGCUUUAAGUCUAUAGUGGAAUAGUUUAGAUACCUUUAUUUUAUCAUUCUUAAUAUUCUGGUUAAUAAUUUUUGUGUUUAGAUAUUUAUUUAGAAAAGCCUUUUAACUUUUACUGGUUCUCAUUUUUCUUAAUAAGUUAUUAUGUAGGUUAUUUAUUAUCAAUUGUGUUUUGAUGCCUAUAUUUUACGUUUGGAGUUAUUCAGAAGCUUUCAUAAUGAUUCUAAAACUUUUGCUAUUUUUUUUAGUGAAAGAAAGGGCAAGAGACAGGUGCGCGACUCAGUGACGCCAAUGUCUUUUUGGACGUUUUUUCAGUGCCGAGGCUUUCUGGCAAUUUUUAUAUGUAUUCUUAUGGUGGGAAAGUUGAACUCGUGCAUUUCCCAUGGUGCUCAUCGUGUGGCCAAAUAAAUGACCCACCAAGCCAGCCCGUGGUCUGUGGAAUGCUGCUGGAUAUUGACAUACACCCCAGUAAAGUUGCCCUCGGUUAGCUUACAAAGCACUCGUGCACUGCCAACCUUUGGAAAUCCAAAAUGUUGCAUGGUACGCCCGGCCCACAGCUCGCGGAACAAUGCUUACACCCCAAGACACGACAGCCAUCGUGUUUCUUAGUCUGGGUCAUAGCCAUAUUCAGGAAGUGUUCUGUAAUUAAUUGGAAAAGCUAUAGUUUCGCGCAUGAGUAUGAUCCGGAGACCAAGUAGCUAAGUUCCGAAUGGCACCAGAAAAGGUCACCUCGUCCGAUGAAGGCCCGCAUGAGCAAAUCAAAAAUCAAAACAAUGCUCAUUGUUUUUCAUGAUGAAUGUCAUGAGAUGAUAACAGCUUGAUUUUGACCAUGACACCUAAUUUAUAAGUUCAAGUUAAGUCAUCAAAAGGAGUUGUCCACUCUGAGUUUGUUCCUCGUGGACAAACUGUAAAUUGACAUUUUAACAUCGAAGUACUCGAACGACUUCGUCAACAAGUCCAUCGCCUGCGUCCUACAUUGCAGACAGCUGGAUCCUCCACCAUGACGUGUCGAGCCACACCGCCUUGGCGACCAGAGAGUUUCUGGCCAAGAAAAGAAAUUCCAAUGUUGCCACAGCCUGUGUACAGCACAGACCUGUCUCCAGCACAGACCUGUCUCCGUGCGACUUUUUUCUAUUCCUCCGGCUGAAGAGGCUCAUGAAAGGACGCCAUUUUCAGACAGUUACAAUCAAUUGAGACGCCAAAUGAAAUACCUUUGCUGCAUCCCAUAGAAGAAGUUCCAGGGUAUGUAAUAGCAAUGGAAAGAAUGUUUGCAGCUCUGUGACACUUCACAAGGGUCCUGCUUUGAAGAUUUUUAAAUGUAAGUCAUGUUGUCUGUAAUAAACUGUCUUUGCCAGUAUCAACCCAGUUACUUUCAGUAAAAACCCUGUUUGUGUGUGUGUUUUAAAUAACCCAUCAGCUGGUGUUAUUUGUCGAUUUUAUAUAAUACUUGGUCUAAGUAGUUCUGCUUUUCACCGACAGUAUUCACUUUAUGACAUGACAAGCUAUUGUAUGAGCAAUGAAAUAUUUUUUGUAAAUUAUUUGAAUUUGACAUGCCAUAAAUUACCAUAAUAUUACAAUUAUUAAAUUUUAAUUAAUUUUUAUGUCAGGAUUCACCGACACUUCCGAGCAUAGUUUCUGUCACUACAAAAAAAGUUGUUCUCGAGCAACGGUAAUGCUCAACAAUAUGAAUAGAGAGAAGGUCCGAAAAAUACACUUGGCUGUGAAAACAGUCAUAAGUAGAAGAUAUUGCCAUGACAACCCAGGUAGUAAAACAGAUUUGAAUCAAGCUUGCCAUGGUAAGUGUAUUAGUUGAAUCAAACUUGAUUCAAGCUAACUAGUUUACACACGACAAGCUUGCGGCAGUGGUUCAUGGUUCAAAGAAUGCUUGAAUCAAGCUUGAUGUGUCAAGCUUGCACGGCAAGUCUAAUUCAAGUCAUAUGAAAAGCUUGCCGCAAGCGUACAUGCUAUAUGGGAGUGUUGUAUUGAUGUGCUUAAUAAUGCACUGAGUAUUAGUGCAAUAGCUGCAACAUCACAAUCUGUCUCAGGCCUAAAAGGUUCAUUUUCAUUGACUAGACAUCUUUGCAACUACUGCAACUACAUCUUUCCAUGAUGCACUAAGACAUGAGGAGCUAAAGUACGAAGAAUACCUCUAAUUUGAAGUUUCACUGUAAAAAGUGCUAUUUGUGGUUUACUUGCAUUUAUAGUAUGAAAUGGCAUGUGGAAAAGUGCAAAGGGGAAGUCCGUUUGCCUGCUAUGAAUAUUUUGGUUUCUCGGUUUAGGUUAAAGACUCACAUCCGCACAGACUUUUUAAGUAAAGCAGAUGUACAGAAACUGAUUGCAUUGUCACCUGGACAUGCAUUGAAACCUAAGACUGCUAGGUGCAUUAUAGGUAAAUGGCAAUUGGUUGUGCUUGGCAAAAUCUGCAUAUCACAGAAUGUGGAAAAACUACUGUUUUUUAAAAUAUUUUAAAGGGUGUCA